AUGACCAAGUUAUAUGCAUUGGUUAAGUGGGUGAGCGGCGAAGAUAAAGAAAAAUUUACGGUCGGAAUUCCUGUUGAUUGGAUUAUAAAUUUUGAUUAUGAAGAAUUUAAAAAAGAAAAUUAUGAUCCAGACUGCACAUAUGUCAUUCAGUGGCGAAAAUCAGUAAAAGAACCGCCUGGCAGUCGUGCAGUUUUGGAAAAAAAGUUUGAAACUCAUUAUAAUGGUUUGAGAUCACCAAAAGAUGUUAGUUUAAUUGCAAGUCAAUCUUUAAAUGAAAAUAGUCAAAAUCAAACAAAAAAAAAUAAUGGGAAAUCUGAAACAACUUGUCAAGUAAAUAAUAGUACUGCUGGUAAAAGUGAUGGAUCAAAGAAAUUAUUGAAAGGGCAUAAAAGAUCUUUGCAAUAUGGUUUUGAAAGUGAAUCUGAUCCUGAAGGAGAUGGUUCAAGAGCAAAUAUUUCUGGCGUGGAACCUUUGACGGGAUUGGAAAAUUCAGAUACGACUGUUUCUAACGCUCAACUAUUACAAGCGUUGCAGAGCUUGCGUGAAUUAGUGGAAAAAAACCAAAAAAACAAAGAAAAUAAUGACAGUGAUGACGAAGAACCUGUUAUGGUUACAGUUGGUAAGCAAGGUGAAAAUAUUAAAAUCACAGAUAAACAGUGGGAAUGCGCGAAUUCCCAGCCAACUCCAACUGCUAUGGCCGUAAAUUUAGUUACUGCAGUAUUUCCGUUGCAAACAUUAUUAGAGAGCAAUACUUUAGGUGGAAAAGCUCGUAUAUGGAAGCACGACGAAGCUGCUCCUCAGCACAAAGGCUUAGAUUCACAAAAACUGAAUGCAAUAAAGUAUACUGUUAGAAAAAAGUUUAAAAACAGUUAUAAUGAAGCAAAAAUUAACUCAGCAAUUAAUACGAAGCUAAAUACAUUAAGAAAGAAGAAAAAGGUUAUGGAUGAUAAUCCUCCUGUUAAUGCACAACCUUGAUAGCGAUAGAUUAUUACGUUUGCUAUAUUGAGUACGCAAUAAAAUAAUUAUAAUGCUUUCAGAUAUUUAAACGUUAUUUUACAAAAUUUUAUUAUUCUUGAUGUUUGAUGAUU